AUGCCGAAUUCCGUCACUGGUGGACAGGUCCCCCACCCCACGCUGGACUUGGUUGACCUGGUGGACCGGAGUGUGAGAAAUGCAGGGACCUCCAGUUCUGCCCCAGGCCUGGAAAAGGGGGGCACAGACCUUUGGGCCCUUCUUCAGCUGAAGGACAUUGGCCAGUCCUGGAAAGAGCUCAGCAUGGCUGGCUGGGUGGUCAUCAGCUUCCUCAAAGCCUGGGGGCUCCUGGGAAGCCUCUACUUCUUCAUCUGCUCCCUGGACACCCUCAGCUCUGCCUUCCAGCUGCUGGGCAGCAGAGUGACUGGAAACAUCUUCAAGGACAACGUGGUGCUGUCCAACCCUGUGGCUGGACUGGUCAUUGGUGUACUGGUCACAGUCCUUGUGCAGAGCUCUAGCACAUCCUCCUCCAUCGUAGUCAGCAUGGUGGCCUCCAAGUUGCUGACAGUCCAGGCGUCUGUGCCCAUUAUCAUGGGUGUCAACGUGGGCACGUCCAUCACCAGCACCCUGGUCUCAAUGGCACAGUCGGGAGACCGGGAUGAGUUUCAGAGGGCCUUCAGCGGCUCGGCUGUUCAUGGCAUCUUCAACUGGCUUACGGUGCUGAUCUUGCUGCCGCUGGAGAGUGCGACAGCCAUGCUGCAGAGGCUCAGCGAGCUGGCCCUGGGCGCCACGAGCCUGCAGCCCGGGGUGCAGGCACCGGACAUCCUCAAGGUGUUGACAAAGCCACUCACACACCUCAUCGUGCAGCUGGACACCAACGUGAUUAUGGGAAGCGCCACAGGCAACGCCACCAACAGCAGCACUCUCAUUAAGCGAUGGUGCGGCACCAAGGGGGAGACGACCGAGGGGAGCGGCGGCAAAUGCGGAGCCUUCGACCCCUGCACCGAGAGGAACGCAACGGCCCCCGCGGACAGGCAGCCCUACUUCCCCUUCCCCUUCGGCUGGCUCAGCGGCUACCUGGCCAUCCUCGUGGGCGCCGGCCUGACCUUCGUGCUCCAGAGCAGCAGCGUCUUCACGGCAGCGGUCGUGCCGCUCAUGGGGGUCGGGGUGAUCAGCCUGGAACGGGCGUACCCCCUCUUCCUGGGCUCCAACAUCGGCACCACCACCACGGCCCUGCUGGCCGCCCUGGCCAGCCCCUCCGACAUGCUGCUCUACGCGGUCCAGGUUGCCCUCAUCCACUUCUUCUUCAACCUGGCCGGCAUACUGCUGUGGUACGUGGUGCCCAUCCUGCGGCUGCCCAUCCCCCUGGCCCAGCGCUUUGGUAAACUGACUGCCCGCUACCGCUGGGUUGCUAUUGCUUACCUGUUGCUCAGCUUCCUGCUGCUGCCCCUGGCGGCUUUCGGACUCUCCCUGGCAGGGGACAGGGUGCUGGCCUCCGUUGGGGGUCCUCUGGUGGGGCUAGUGCUCUUCGUGGUCCUGGUCAACAUCCUGCAGCGGCACCGGCCAGCCUGGCUGCCCCGCGGCCUGCGGUCCUGGGCCUGGCUCCCCCUGUGGCUCCAUUCUCUGGAGCCCUGGGACCGCCUAGUGACCUACUGCAGCCCCUGCAGCUCCGCUGAGACCACUGCCAAAGAGGCCCACUGUUACAAUAACCCUGAGGUCCUGGCCUCCCAGCAGUUGUGAGGAAUGGGUGCCCCAGCACACCCUCCACCCCCCACUGGCCUCAGGAGUCCAGGUGCCCUUGGGGCAAGGGGUCCCAGCAGCAGAGGACUUCUGAGUCACCUGCCGUCUCUUCUUUGCAAAUAAAUGAGACUGUUACCCA